AAACACAAACAACAAGAGUAGCGAGCCGACAAGACAUCAACACGCAGUGACCGUAGGAGAGGGGGGAAAUAAUAAAUACAAUAUUUUUAAUCAUUCACAAAAUAUUGAAUGAAUGAAGAUUGUACACACAAAUAACGUAUUUGAAAAAUAAACAACAUUGCUUCAGUAAGCAGUUUGAAGGGAGGUGGUCAGGAAUCAAAGGUGUCCUCACCUGGAGAGUCUCGGUCAAGCCACGUUUCAGUUGGAGAGAGAACGACAGAAGGAGAGAGAAGAGAGGGAGAGGAGGAGGGAGAGAGUCACGUCUGUUCCUGGCAGCUGUUCCAGCAGCCUGUUUUCUUCUCUGCGUUUAGAUUUAAAUCGAGAAGGAUCUUUAUUUUUUUAAGUGUGAUAUUACUGCUGUUGUCGUCCAAUCAUUAUUGUUACUAUCGACAGUGUUUUAUUUAGUUUUUUUCGUCGUUAUUGACUUGACAGUUUAUUCUAAUUUCUUUGUUCUUGUUUUUUAUUUGUACUACUUUUUUCGGCUGUGAGCAGAGGCUUCUUCCAAACUGUUCUCUUACCCGAACCAGAACUCUAUCCCCUAUACACACUUGAAACAGGCAGCUAUUCUCUAUCUCUGUGUGUUUUGGGGAGCUCUGUGAUCACAGCUAAAUAAGCACCACUCAGCCUUCUCACCUAAGCCUAACUAAGCCAGUCCUAGCCUGAUCCAGCCUGGUCCGCUCUUCUGGACAGGAUACUCAGCUCUGUAAAGACGUAAGGAAUAUGACUGCUGAGACACUUAACUUCGGCCCCGAAUGGCUCCGUGCACUAUCCAGUGGGGGGAGUGUGACGUCCCCCCCUCCUUCCCCCGCCAUGCCAAAGUACAAGCUGGCCGAGUAUCGCUACGGCCGAGAGGAGAUGUUAGCACUUUAUAUCAAAGAGAACAAGGCCCCGGAGGACAUGCAGGAUAAGGAGUUUGCUUCUAUUCUGCAAGAUGAGCCCAUGCAGCCGCUGGCACUGGAGCCUCUCACUGAGGAGGAGCAGAGGAACUUCUCAAUGUCUGUGAACAGUGUGGCUGUGCUGAGGCUCAUGGGUAAAGGAGGGGGAGUUGCCCCAGCGGGCGUGGCACGGGGCAGAGGCACCACGCGAGGAGGAGGCCGAGGGCGAGGUCGAGGCGAGAGUGGAGGAUUCUACCAAAGAAGUAUUGAGGAGGGAGAGGUAGGCUUCGGCCGUGGAGCCAGAGAGAUCCACCGCAGCCAGAGCUGGGACGAUAGGGGCGAGAGGCGUUUUGAGAAGCCUGUGCGUGCCAGGGAGGGGGUACGUGUUGGCUUCGAGGAGGCGACCGGUGUCCCUGUGCCUGGGGUACCGAGGAAGGACUACACACGGUCGGACAGUGAGAACUGGCGUAGCCUCCGAGAGGAGCAGGAGGAGGAGGAGGAGGAGGAGGGGGCCGACCCUGGGGGCAGCUGGAGACUGGCCGGAGCACGGAGAUUAGAUGAUGGAGGUCCAAAGUCAGCAGGCUGGCGGGAGCACGACGGUCAGGUUGAGGGGCGUCGCAGGAAGUUUGAGUUUGACUUCGGCGGGGGUCGCAGGCGGGCCGGCAGCGAGGGGUUAGAGGACGACAGAGACGGACUGCCUGAGUGGUGCACUGAUGAAGAAGGAGAGAUGGGCACCUUCGACGCUUCCGGAGCCUUCCUACCCAUAUCCAAGGGAGGAAAGGAGGAUGAAUUUGACUUCCAGGGAAUAGAAGAGGAGGAAGAAGGGGGGGAGAGUCUUUCUGACAUGAAGAGGAUCAUGAAUGGAGGACAGAGAGUCGAUGUAAAGGAAUCCGCUGGUACCAGUCCCUCUUCCUCCUCCUCCUCCUCCUCUCCCCCCGGCCCCCUCUCUGCCCCUCCAGCUCUGGCUCUCAACCCCCCCAUGCCCCAGCUGUCCCUCACCGUGGCUGAGCUGGAGGCCUCUCAAAUGGCCAACAGCCACCCUGUCUCUGUUCCUGUCCCUGUCAAGGCCAGCAAGAUGCCAAGUGAAGUUCUCGAGGGCUCUCCAGCAGGGUCCUCCACCACCCAACAGAGCCCCAGCACCACCUCCAGUCUGCCUUCACCCCCUCCCUCCUCUGCUGCUAACCAUCUCUCCCUGCCACCGGGGGGUGACACCGAGGACGACGAGGGCAUGAAGCACCUGCAACAGGAGGCAGAGAAGAUGGUGGCGUCCCUGCAGGACACGUCUCUGGAGGAGGAGAGUUUCACUCAGACGCUGCAGGAGAGCAGAAACACAGCCUCCGCCCUGCCCCUCUCCCACGACGCUGCCAUGAAGUGGUUCUACAAGGACCCCCAGGCAGAGAUCCAGGGUCCAUUCACCACCCUGGAGAUGUGCGAGUGGUUCCAGGCAGGCUACUUCUCCAUGUCUCUGCUGGUGAAGAGGGGCUGUGACGAGGGCUUCCAGCCGCUGGGUGACGUCAUCAAGAUGUGGGGACGCGUGCCUUUCGCCCCCGGGCCCUCCCCYCCGCCCCUGCUGGUGAGACCUCCACCGCCACGCCCUCAGCCUCUACCGCCCCGGGGGUCUGCUGGUAGCAUGGAUCAGGACCGUCUGAAGAAGCAGCAGGAGCAGGCAGCAGCAGUUCUCUAUCAACAGCUCCAGCAGCAGCAGCAGCUAUUCCAGCUCAUCAGCAGGUGCGGAGAGCAGGGUAUUUUGCCUUCGGUGAACAGGUCGAUGUCAGUGCCAGAUACAGGGUCCAUGUGGGACAUGCAUACCUCAGCUUCACAGCAAUCAGGCGGUGAAGCCAGUUUAUGGGACUUAACAAUGAAUUCUUCAACUCAGGGUCCAACUCUCGAACAGCUUCAGAAGCUCCAGCAGGAGAGGAGAGAAGCUGAACUCAGGGCGAAGCGCGAGGAGGAGGAACAGCGCAAGAGGAGGGAAGAGAAGAGGAGGCAGCAGGAGGAGCAGAAGAGGAGGGAGGAGGAGGAGAUCUUCAGACGCAAACAGUGUCGCCAGCAGCAGGAGCUGAUCAUGAAGCUGCUCCAGCAGGCCCCCCAGCAGGGCUCAGGCUCUGGGGUUGGGUCUGGCUGGGGCACUGGGGGUCUCAACAAGUCAGGGGCCAAGGGCCUCAGUCUGCUUGACAUGCAGGAGGCAGAGAGGCUUCUUAAACAGCAGCAGAGAGCCCAGCAGCAGCAGAGAGAACGUCACCAAGGCCUGUCAAUGGGGGGUUCCUCCAUGGGUCAGUGGGGGGAUGGAGGUGCUGUCACGGGGGGCCUGUGGGGAGGCGGAGGGGGGUGGAGGGUAAGGCUGGGGCGGCAUGGGUCUGUGGGACGAGGCGGUGAAGAACCAGACCAGAAGUACAGCAUGCAGGGACUGAAGAACAGCCGCAGCCAGCCCUCACUCAGCUGUAGUGAGCAGUAUAUGCUGAGCUGUAGGAAGCAGCGUACGGAUGAGGAGGACAAGCUGCUGAAGCUGCUGCAGGGCAUCAAGACGCCUCAGGAUGGGUUCACCACCUGGUGUGAACAGAUGCUGCACGCCCUCAACACCCAAGCCAACAACACCUCUUCUCCACUGGACGUGUCCACCAUCGUGGCGUACCUGAAGGAGGUGGAGUCUCCCUACGAGGUCCAUGACUUUAUCCGCUCCUACCUGGGAGACACCAUGGAAGCCAAAGAGUUCGCCAAGCACUUCCUGGAYCGCCGUGCCAAACAGAAACAGAACCUGCAGCGGCAGCAGCAGCAGCUAUCAAAGGAAGUAGCAGGGCUGGCCAUGAACAACUUCCCUCUGCCGGACUCCAUGCGGGGAGUGAGCCCCAGCACCCUGCAGUCCAUGUUCCAGGCCGCCCAGAUGGGGAAGGGAGGGCUGUACGACACCCAGGGGGCUAUGAAGAAGAAGAAACAGCCUGUGGUGCUGCACUCAGACCCCAGCAUCUUAGGGUACUCAUACCACAACGCGGGCGAGCGUCUGAGCCUGAAUGAGAUGGAGAUGGUGGAGGAUUACUGAUCCAGAUCUGAUCAGCGGCAAUAGCUACUACCUGAGGCCUUCUGUCUACUAAUCAGACAAAUCUGAUGACGAAUGUGCACUGCUUGAAGGGAGGG